AAAGCCUCGCGCAAGCAGUCUGUUCAGACCACUGGAUAAAAGCACUCUGUCUUUCUCAGACGCUCCAGUGGAGCAGGGAGGUGAUGCAAGCAUGCAGGAUUGUGGCAGAAAGACCUUCCACCUUCUCGUAUGCUGACAUGAAAGCAGUCAAGGCAGCAACGCUCCUGCUGCUCUCUGUGGCAACAGUAGCAGCACAGGAAGAUUCCCGAAUCGUCGGAGGGUUCACCUGCCAGAAAGACUUCCAGCCUUGGCAGGCUGCCAUCUAUGACAUGAACCGGUUUUAUUGCAGCGGGUCUCUGUUAACCAGGAAUUGGGUGGUGACUGCUGCACACUGCAAAAUGGCAGGUGCUACUUACGUACGCCUGGGAGAGUUCAACAUGAUGCGUGCGGAAAACACGGAGCAGCAGAAAAGAGCAGUGCAACUGGUGGUCCACCCGGACUAUGAUCCGGUCAGCAAGGACAACGACAUCAUGCUGAUCAAGCUGUCCUCCUUCGUGGACAUCACGGACAGCGUCCAGCCCAUCAAACUGGCCAGCCAGUGUGUUCUGCCAGGGACACGGUGCCUUGUUACCGGCUGGGGCACCACCACCAGCUCGAAACCACAAAAUAUAACUGCAGCCUCUACGGCAACCAUCCCCGAAGAGCUGCAGUGCGCUUAUAUCGACGUCAUUUCUCAAGCCGAGUGUGAAAGGACAUAUCCUGACGCCAUCACCAAGAACAUGCUGUGUGCAGGGGUGAAAGCAGGAGGUGUGGAUUCCUGUCAGGGUGACUCCGGGGGUCCUCUCAUCUGUAAUGAAGAGCUUCAGGGUAUCGUGUCUUGGGGUCCAGAAGUGUGUGGCCAACCUGGGAAACCCGGAAUCUACACCAGGGUCUGCAACUACGUUGGCUGGAUUCAGGGGAUCAUCCGGCAGGUGUGACCUCAGCAGGGGUAUGAAAGGCACAAAUAAAGAACGAGAGAUGUCCGCA